CAUAUCCAAUUCACCCCAUAUUCAAUCGCUAUACCCUCCGACUCCAUGGCCAGCGAAGGUCUUCCCAAAAAUCAGGACCUCUCGGAUCCCGAAACACAAUACAUCUUGGACGGCAAUGCCAGGUUUCGCCGGCUAGGAUGGAAACGCCUUACCGUCAUUUCCAUAGUGGAGGCCAUCGCUCUGGGAAGCUUGGGCCUGCCUUCUGCCUUCGCCACGCUGGGCAUGGUUGCCGGUGUCAUCCUCACAGUCGGCAUCGGUCUGGUGGCGAUGUAUGCGGGCUAUAACAUCGGACAAGUGAAGUUACGGUACCCUCAAGUUGGGCACUAUGCGGACGUCGGCCAGCUUCUGCUGGGGAGUGUGGGAUCCAAGAUCUUCGUGGGAAGCUUCGUGGCUUUGUUGAUCUUCGUUAUCGGUUCCCACUGCUUGACCGGCGCAAUUGCCUUCCAGACCAUCACUGAAAGCGGCGUCUUUUCGGUCGUCUUCAGUGUUGUCUCCGCUGCCAUUCUGAUGAUGCUCGCUAUUCCUCCGUCUUUUGCUGAGAUUGCAAUCCUUGGGUAUAUCGAUUUCGCUUCGAUCAUCUUGGCGAUCGGAAUCACCGUGAUUGCAACCGGCAUUCAAACCUCCAAUGGCUCUGGUACCUUCUCUACCGAUCAUUCACCGUGGUCAGCAUGGCCGAUAGCCGGGAUCACCUUCUCGCAAGCCAUCGUGGCCACCAACAAUAUUGUCUUCGCGUACUCUUUCGCCGGCUGCUUGCCCUCAUUCAUGGAAGAUAUGCACACUCCCGAAGAUUAUAUCAAAACCCUCUGGUGGCUAGGAGGCAUCCAAAUCGUCAUCUAUACUCUGACAGGAUCGCUGAUCUACGCGUUCGUAGGCCAGGAGGUGCAAUCGCCUGCAUUGCUAUCGGCCGGACCAGUCAUUUCCCGCGUGGUAUUCGGCAUAGCCCUUCCGGUCAUCUUCAUCUCCGGCUCCAUCAAUACCACCGUCGUCUGCCGAUACAUCCACGGCAAAGUCUACCAUGACUCGGCCGCCCGAUUUAUCAACACCCGCAAGGGCUGGAUGACUUGGUUAGGUCUCAUUUCACUGGUCACUGUCCUGGCUUGGGUGAUUGCCGAAGCUAUUCCUAUUUUCUCGGAGCUGCUUUCGAUCAUCUCGGCGCUUUUCGUCUCCGGUCUGUCGUUUUAUAUUCCGCCGGUGAUGUGGUUUGUGCUGUUGAGGGAGGGCGCGUGGUACGAGAAGCAUAAUUUGCAGCCCGCGGUUUGUAAUUUGGUGGUUUUUAUCGUUGGUAUGGUUGUUUUUGGUUGUGGCACUUACUCGAGCAUUGCAGAAUUAGUUUCGAAGUUUCAGUCAGGGGCCAUAAGCAAGCCUUUCACGUGUUAA